AUGACUCAAAGAGAGGGCAGAAAAUUUUGUGCCAAAUCUCCAAUUAUUACUAUUGAUACCAAAAAGGAAUCUGUUGAAGAUCAACCUGUAGAAGAAUACAAUUGGGAGCUCUUGGAUUUAGAUAUGAAUACAAUGAUUGCUGCUUCCUGUUGCACCAGUUUCGCCUGUAGAAAGGCAUUAAUUGUAUAUAAGCAUUUGAAAGAUGAGGAACUUGAAGAGAUUCGUGAAGCUUAUGAGAAAAUCUCUGAGAUGAUAAAGCCUCCAGGCAGUUCAGAUAGCGAGUUGGGCAAGUUUGCUUUGUUUGAAGUAAGCAAACACAUUGUUGUGAAAGACUAUUUCCGACGCCUCUUUAACAAUUGCAAGAAAAUUGAGGCAUCUGAAAAAGCAGCAGAGAUUUUUUGGACAAAACCUUCCAAGUACCAUGCAGAGGCUGGCAAGCAUGCCAAGCGGUCUUCAAUUAUAGAUGAUGAAGACCUUAAAAAGAAAGCAAUCGUUUGGCUUCGUGCUCAAAAAGCAGAAAGACAAACUGUUGUGGAUUUGAAAAAGUAUCUUGAUGAAAUGCUUUUUCCAUCAUGCCUUGAUGUAAAAGGCAACGUGGCCAUAAGCACAGCAUAG